AUGGGCGUCGACAAUCGCAGACCGACCAUGCCCGCCGCCUCGGAUUCCCUAGUCGAAACAUCCGGAGGCAGCAUGACUGGAACUGACAUGGCCACUGACCUCUCUCGACGGACAGACAAGACGUCCUACUCCGUUCCCGACGACGGCAGUCCCGUCAUCAUCCCCACUCGCCGGAGAAACCGUGAUCCCCGUGGGGACGAUUCCUCCAAGCUGUCCCGUGCGUCCCACAACUCCCAGACCUCCCUCCUCAUUGAGUACUUCGAGGGUGGGAAAGGUGCUGGCAACAUCGUCUCCAGACCCAGUGUCCGCGUCCGCGUCACGCCAUCUUCCAAGAAGCUCAAGGAUCAACGAGACCACCAUCUCCAGAUCACCGAAUCCAGCGGCAAUCGGGGCCCCGUCUACGCCCGCCGUAUCUCUCUUGGGUCGCUGCCCAAGUCGCACAAGCACCUCGAGUUGGACGACCCAGAUGAGCAAGGUCUGAGCGACGACGAAAACCACCGCGAAUCCCGUCCGCUCGAAAUUGAGUUCGAGAACCGUGAGCAAGCCGAGGAAUUCUUGAAUAAUCCUGAUCAAGAAAGUGUACUCUCCAGCCUCUCACGCGAUAACCGUCACGUCCAGCCCGCCAUGUCUGAUAUCUCGUCGAUGCCGACAGACAGCUUGCUGGAGGGCCCAACGUCCAGUCUACAUCACAAGCAGAGUCAGAGCUUGGAGCCAGAGGCUGACAACAAGGAGCUGCUGAAGACCCCCCGGAGAAAGCGCAGCCGCAGUCUCAGCACCGAACGAAUCGCGCACCGGGUCGCAGAGAAACUCACCACCGGCCCACAGGAGCGCGACGACGACCACAGCAGCAACCCUCGGAGUCUGUUGGACCCCGACACUCCUGCCGCCCGUCGGCGACGACAGCGCGCACAGAGACGCCAGGAUAAUGACGACUCCGUCUACAACCCCGCCGAGUCCAGUUUGCUCAGUGCCUCAGCAGUAUCGGCGAAUCGCCGUUCCAACGACCAAUACUCUUUCCUCUCACAAAAUUCCAACAAGUCCUCAUUCAACAACAACCCCAAGCUCUUAGAGACCGUAGAAGAUGCCAUCCGGCGGCUGAUCUUGCCCGAACUCAAAGAGCUCAAAAAGGACCAGAAGGUCAUGCACAACACAUCCAAGUUUGAACGCGACCUGAAUGCUUCGAUGAAAUCAAGCAUCCAGUCUCGCGAUGAGCUUGGCCGCCGGCUUUCAAAGCAUGCCAGUGCCCCGAAUAUCAUCAAGCCCAAGGUUGUCCUUAACAAGGACAGCAAAGAUGAAGGCGCUGCUUUGCUUGGGGACGAGCCGGCUCCCGCGAAGAAGAAUCCGGAACGCAAAUCCAGCAAGGACAGCAGCCAGAACAAGGACACUGAAGCGGAUCCUACCUACGUCAGGUGGGGUCUUCGUCCGGAGAUGAAUGAGAACAACAAGCUUCAACGCGCCAAGAGCAAAGGACUCCGCGAUGCGGAAAAGGCUGGGCGUGUCGGUACGGCACUGACCGCUGCGGCUUUGCGACGUCACGAUUCCAAGUCCAGCUUGGACACAAACGAAAGCAACCGCCAGAGCCCCAGCCCCAGCCCCACGAAGGAGCGUGCUGGGAACGGAAAUGAGACGGAGUUGGUGUUCCAGAAGCAUAAUGUGCCUCCGAUGCCUUUGCGCAGCGCCUUGGAGUCGGACAUGACCAGAGACUCGCUCGUUUCUCAUCGUACCGCUGAGACCGGGUCAAUUGUCCCGCAAAAGACUCGUUUCCAGGAGGUUUCUCGCGGAGCUCCCGUCCAGUCUCCUUCUCCUCUCUCCCGCACUCCGAAUCGAACACCACUGGACACUCGACACGAAUUGGGUAUCCGCCACCCCAACAAAUCGACCCAUAACGUCUCCGUCGAAAGUGUAUCUGACGAGGAGGACCGCGCCUCCUUUGGGGGACAUGAUGACAAUGAUUCCGAGGAUGCUGCUGCCGCCGCGGAUGAUAUUGCGGCCGCAGCCGUGGCCAACCUGCUGGAUGCUCACACUGAUCCUGCCCGACGGCGGGCCCUUAGUCCCAUUCAAAGCGUCGCUAGCGAGCAGAGCGACUUGAGACCGCCGCCCCCGCCGCCUCCGCCCCAAGUACGACCAUUGCCUGGUCAGCCGUCGGGAGGGAAAGAAUUGAAGCCUCGACUUUCCAUCGAUUCGCUUUCGUCCGCACCCAGUACGGAUCUCGCCAGAUCGACGAGAACGAAACCUUCGGGUCUCAGCUUGAACAAGCGACAUGAGUCUGAACAGGAUUCCUCUCGACAACCGCGCGCGGAAGACUGGGACGAACAAUCCGAUCUGUACUCUCGUCGACACUCAGCUGCCGAUACCAGCAGCCUCGAUCCCAGGCGCAUGGCAAACUACACCGACGAUAGCGAAGUCGACUACAUGGAUAAGGUUCGUCAAGGCCAGCACGUUUCCCACGGAAAUGGCGCCAACCCUCACUUCGUUCACCCGGCUCCCGUUGAGUCUGCAGUUGCCUCGCUGCUUGAACCUUCCGUUGUGGAGCGCUACACUCAGGUUUUCUCUGAGUUGACCAAUCGCUCCAAGUCCGACCUCAGCAAGCGACAGGAACAACGCAGCCCGCAGCCCCGCGGCCCACAGCCACGUAGCCCACAACCCACAGCACAGCUGGCGCAGGAGACAACCACUCCUGGUUCUCGUCAGGGGAGUCCCCUGAAGCAGCGUCAGGACGCUGGCAGUCCCGACGCAACCUCCUUCGGCAAGAGAAUGGGUAUCACUUCGCCGCCCCAGAGCAUCGCUCAGUCGAUUGACGAGCAGGCUGAGCUGGGCCACUCCCGAUCUUUUGAUCCCGGUGAUGAUGCUCAGAUUCCGGAGGCAGGCGAUGCCCAGGAUUCGGAAUCUGAGAUUGACACCAACCCCUCAAUCAUCCAGGGACCCAGGGCGCCUUCUCAAAACCAGGACUAUUGGCCCUACAACGAGGGAUCGCAGUCCAAGGAUGAUUUUCAAGACGACCAAGCGAGUAAAGGACUUGGUUUGGACGAGGAACUGAGCUAUGAUCCAGGCUACUACCCUGAAGGUGCAUAUGCCCCCGAGGGCUACUUCGAUCAAUCCUAUGAUCAGGCACCUGGUACGCCGCCGGCCGCUAAGGAUGAAGGCUAUGCGUCCGGAGCGCACCCGCUCUCACCUAGUGUUGGCACUCCGAAGUCCGAGGGUAAGGGCUUCGGUGGUAUGGAUAACAUGGGGCUUUUUGACGGCCCAAGUGGUGCUGAGCAUCAGAGAAACCUGAGUGGCUACUCUCAUGGAGCUGGCUCGCCUAUGUACGAUAGCGCCACUGGGCAAGGCGUUGACCGGAUUCAGUCCAAGGAUAUCAUUGCGCUGAUGGAUCAUCUUACUGUUCGCGACGCCCAACGCAACGCCAGGGACACGGAAAUACUGGUCUCCCUGGUUCGAAGCGCCGCAGAGAUGCGCACCUCUUUCGAGGACAUGAAGAAAUACAUCGCUUACCAGGAUGGACUGAUCAUGGAAGCCAACGACAAGCAACACGAGCGAACAUACCGGGCCCUCAGUGGGCCGCGCCCUCAACCUCCCAGCGCCAGAUCUCGUCAACUCGCCGCCGCCGCAGAGGGAGAAGAUGACAUGCGCUCCAAGCGCAAGAACGUGUUCAAGCGCGCCUUGAAGGGCUUGAGUCUCAAGUCCGGAAACGACUUGACUAGGAUCGAAGACAUGCUGGAACAACUCCUUGACGAUGUUGAUGCUCUGCGAUCUCAACAGGAUGACCAUUUUGGCCGUAGUGGACGGGGAAGUUUCGACCAGGAUGGCUAUGAAACCGAGGGCGAAGCUGGUCCUUCGCCCAUCGAUCAACCUGGACGACCCUCGACCGGAGGAUCUCGCACGAUCCACAAUCAGCCCAGUCGCCCCAGCACGGUCCCCGAGGAGGAUGAGGAGGACGAGUACGAUGAACGCGGCGAAUUCCUGAGCCCUCAGCUGCAGUCUCAAGAGAGCUCCAGGCCUCCCAUGGCCUCUGGUGCUCUCAAUGGAGAACCCACGCCUCCCAAGCCGACCGACAAAGCUCAGAAGCGCAAGUCUGGCGGUUUCCUCCCCAAAUUCAUCCGCAACACCCUCCAGUCAAACAAGAAAGAGCGGUCGGACACGAGCCUUGCUCCCUACGGAGCCUACAAGACGGACGGUUACUACGAUCCCCAGGGUGACGACCGGAUCCGGUCCAACACCACCCUCGAGCAGCAGCAGCAGCCGCCGCAGGAGCAAGAGGACCGCCCUCCGUCCCCGCUGAUCCCCUCGCAGGUUUCCGAAGCCCCCAAGUACCGCGCUCACCGCGACAGCAUGGACCUCCAGCACCCGCAGCCCCGCCAGGGUCCGACAGGCCGCUACCAAACCCAACUCGAGACCCAAGCCCAGGUCUACGGCUUCCACAACCCGCAAUCCGAACAAUGGGGCUCGGGCUCCAGCCUGUCCGGCGGCAACCAAAGUAACGUCCAGAAGCGAUACAGCGGCUACAGUGGCAACAGCCGCUUGUCCCCGAUCUCGGACACGGGGUACUCGGAAGCUUCCUCGCGGCGUACGGGUCCACCGCGGCCUCCCAAGGUCAGAGACGACGGGCCGUUGGUUCCUGAACGCCCUCUCAAGGUUAAGGAGGAUGAUGAGCGGUCUUAUGCGGAUCGUGUUGUUUCGAGGAGCUCGGGAAUGCGCUCAUCCCCCGUCCCCUCCCGCAAACCCACCGGUCCUCGCCCCCUCAACUCCGGCAGCCAAUACAGCCGCACCAGCCGGUACCGCGGCGCCAGCCCAGACCAAGUCGACGACCUUGAUUACUAGUAGAACGUUAAACGUUAAACGACUGAACUCUGAUACCCUUACCUAAAUACCCAUACCCAUACCCCAAUUUCCUAAUGAUUUUUUACGAAAUUUAUGACGUCGAUUUUGUUUUAACGUUUUAUAUCCCCUGUUAUGCAUUGCAUUGUAUUGCAUUGCAUUGCAUGUUGACGAAGCAUUUCAGGCUAUGUCAUGUCAU